AAUUAAUUCAACAAAAUUUUAAAUAAAAGAAAAAAUAAAAAUGCAAAAAGAAACAGAAUAUUAAAAUAGCCUUAAAAUAAUUAACAAAUUACUCCAAACAAAAGAAAGAAUUAAGAAAUAUUAGAUAAUUUUAUAAAAAAACCUUCCAAAUUUUGAUUAAUUUGAUUAUUACUCUCAUGAUAAAUCAACAGUGACAUUUAUUGCAACAGACUUACUUUCUUAAAAACAAAAAUGUUUUAGAGUCUUAGAAAGUUAGUUUCUAGAAAUGAUAAACAAUUUUUUCUUAAGUUAAUUUUCAGAGUUUGAAAAUUCAAAAUAUGAAGGAAGCAGCAUAUUUAUUGAAGGUUUAUCAAUUUAAAUUAUAGAUAAAGAGGAAUACAUAGCUUCAACUUAAAUAUAAAAUUUAGAUAAUUUGGAUGAAAACUCAUCAAAAUCUGCUAGGAUUGUUGAAGUAAUAAAAAAGAAUUAGACUUUAGGCAAUUCAUUUCUUAGUGAAAUUAGUUCGAAAUUGAAUUAAUGCUAAAAGUUAAUAAUAUUAAAUCUAGAUUUAGAAAAUAAUAAAAUAGGCGUAUCAGAAAUUUAAUAGAUAGCUUAACUAUUAUCUAAUCUUUGUUAAAUUCAGCAAUUAACUCUUAACUUGAGUCGAAAUCAACUAGGAUCAUAUGGAUCUAUUUAAAUAGGUAAUGGUAUAUCAAAAUGUGUAUAUCUGACAACUUUAUCAAUUGAUUUCGGUUGGAAUCCUAUCGGCUAUGAAGGAGCAGAAAGACUGAUACAAGAAUUUUCAAAAUGCAAAAAUCUAGCAAAUUUAAAUCUAAACUUAAAUCGUUGCUCGAUUGGAGCUUUAGGAAUAUGUCACCUCUCAAGUUAGAUAUAACUUAUCAAGGGAUUGUCAGAAAUAAAGCUUCAUCUUUAAGGAAAUUCAAAUGGCUAGGAUAUAUUUUCCACAAUUUCUUUUGAAGUAUCGAAGUGCAUUAAUAUUCAUACCAUUUAUUUGGAUUUAUCAUUUUGCUAUUUGGGAACUAAUGUUACUUUAGAUAAUAUAGGAAUCGAGCUUUCUAAGUGCCAUAAUGCUUCUCAUAUAUAUUUGAACUUACAGAAAAAUCAAAUAGACUUAUUUACUGCAGAAAGCAUUGGAUCAAACUUAGAAAAAUGCAUUUAUGUGAACACUUUGCAUUUAAACUUAAGUUACAAUUAAAUUAAAGGAUCUUUACGUUGUGGAUUUGAUUUUUCUAAAAGAAUUUAUCUAACAAAUUUAAUCCUAAACUUCAAGUACAAUCAGAUCGAAUAGUUUAAUUCAAAUUUAAUUAAAACUAAAAAAUCUAAAAGGUUAACUUAAUAUAAAAUAAUAUUUUGAUAUUUUAAAUAAUUUAUCAAAUAUUAUUUACAAUAAUUAAUGUUUGCUUAUUAAUUAAAUUAAUUUUACUUUUAUAGAAAGAAAUUAAUUUUAACUGAUUAGAAAGAAAAAUUAUAUUUUUAUUAUUUUAGGUUAAAUUAAUUAUAUGUUUUAUUUAAGCAAUCAAGCAAGCGCUGAUUUGUAUUUAUUUUUAGUGUUCUCUGCAUAAUAAUUAAGUAUUUAUG